AUGAAUGGCAAGCCUGGCCAACUGUUCGGUGAAGAGGGAUCAUGGGUGAAACAUGGGACUGGGAUCGCUCGCGACGCUGUAACCUCUUCUACAUACAUACAGUACGGUAGCCUCGUCGCCGCCUCCGCGCCGCCUCGGAAUUUCGAUGGCAUGACUUCUGCUCGCAAGACUACUUGGAACUGGAAAGUGGAAAGUGGAGAUACUUUUCCGGCAUCUUUCGGGUCGUGCCUCGUCCCUUGUCCAUCUCCCCCGCAUGUGCCCGACUCCGACUCCUCUUUCGUCUUCUACACCGGUAGCUAUCGAUCUUGCGGAGAGGAGAAGGAUCCUAACGUUGCGGAAUUGCUCGGUGCGAGAUUAUGCCUUGGAGUCCGAGAUGGUAAGACGAGAAUACAGAAUGCUUUGGAGAAGGCUGGGAAAACUCGAGAUCACGCACAACUGCAUGUCCCGAUCUGGAACCCGAAUGAUGCUGUCUGUCAGCAGAGCUUUGAAGAUCGGUCCGGGAGAAUACCACCAUCUGACCGUAUGACCAUCAUUAGCAUGACCUGUUGCGUCAUUGGGAUACUCAAUCGAAUGGAUGUGUCGAGAGAGGAAGUUGGUGUUGGAUCCACAUCACAUGCUUCAGAAGCGUUGAAGGACAACCAUGACUGCACCUGGCUCUACUGGUAA